AUGUCCUUCUCCUUUUUUUCUGUUAUGAAGGCUUUGGCGAACGUGACAGCGAAUCAUUCAUCGUCAGUCAAGCAUGCGACGAACAAAGGCUUUAUGCACGCUUUCGUGGCUGCCCUGAGUAUAGUAGUGGUGUCAGAGAUCGGUGACAAGACGUUCUUCAUCGCAGCCAUCAUGGCUAUGCGUCAUCCGAGGUCCACUGUUUUUCUCGGUGCCAUGUCUGCCUUGUUCCUGAUGACAGUUUUAUCAGGCGAGUCCUCCGCUCUGGGUUAUGCAGUCACUGUGAUUCCCAAAAAAUACACCUUAUAUAUUUCUUCGGGCUUGUUCGCGAUUUUCGGAAUCAAGAUGUUAGUGGAAGGAAUGAAGAUGAAGCCCGGAGAAGGUCAGGAGGAAUUGGAAGAAGUGCAGUCGGAUUUGCGACGACGGGAAGAAGCUGAGAAGAGCCCGGAUUUGUUGGAGGCACCUACAGUUUCAUCCCGAAGUCAACGAUUCAUCAAGAUGACAGUCAGUGUUUGGAAAUCUAUCGCACGAGUGUUUUUGCAAGCUUUCACCAUGACCUUUCUGGCUGAGUGGGGAGACAGGUCGCAGAUCUCAACAAUCGUCCUGGCUGCCACAGAGAAUGUAUGGGGUGUCACGCUGGGAGGCACAGUUGGACAUUCAUUAUGCACCGGUGUUGCUGUGAUCGGUGGGAGAAUCGUGGCUCAGAGGAUAUCUGUCAAAACCGGUUUCAGGGCGGGUGUGAAAUUCGGGUCAAUGCUGUGUUCUGGUGUGGAUUGUUCUUUGAGCAAGAAAGCGGGUUUUGUUGCUUUACUUUCGCACGACGGAUUGAAAGAAAAAAUCGAUCUUAUGAUGGUUUCCGAAGAUAGAGUCGUUGGAACGAUGGAAAUUGGUGUUAUUUUCUUCUGA